GUUUACUGAUUUAUCAGUUGAAAAAUCCCGCUUUGUCCAAUUUUUCCUUGUACCCUGUCGAACGGACCGUUUGUUUACCUCCUCGUAUACUCACUCGUAGUAGAAUUCCUUUUCGGUUGUUUUUACCUCGUGUGCUUCGUUCCAAACCUAGCAACAGCAACAAAAGGGUUUGCCAAUACAACCCGCUCGAAUAAGUUAAUAAACUUGACUCAUCACACAACUAGUAAUCAACAUGGCGGACGGCAAGCGGGCGGUGGACUCCAGCAGAGUCUGGACAACAUUGAUAACAAAUCUGGACUAUCUGCCUGGACUCUUGACGCUGGACCACGCACUCCGGAAGCACAAGUCCAAGUACCCGCUCGUGGCACUGUACACGGAUACCUUCCCCGAGUCAGGUCGCACGGCGCUGGCGUCGCGAGGCAUCGCAGCGCAGCGCAUCGAGUACCUGCUCCCGACCAAGUCGAGCCGGGACUAUAGCGAGGACCCGCGCUUCUACGACUGCUGGAGCAAGCUUACGCCCUUCUCGCUUGAGCAGUACGAGCGGGUGGUGCAGCUCGACUCGGACAUGCUGGUUCUGCAGAACAUGGACGAGCUGAUGGAGAUGGAGCUGGACGCGCCCGAGGUGUCGGCUGCGGGCGGCCCCGACUCCAAGAGGGUGUUCGCCGCCAGCUACGCCUGCGUCUGCAACCCGCUCAAGCGUGCGCACUACCCCAAGGACUGGGUUCCCGAGAACUGCGCCUUCACGACCCAGCAUGGCGAGCCAGACAAGGCGCAGGUCGAAGGGGCGGACCCGGCAAAGGUACCGCUGCCGAUCCUCAACGGCGGCCUGCAGGUGGUGAACCCGUCGCGGGUCCUUUUCCAGCAGAUCGUGGAGCACAUGGAGGACAACGCAGCCUCGCUCGACUUUGCGGACCAGUCCCUCCUCUCGGAGCUCUACAAGGGCCGCUGGGUGGCGCUGCCGUACGUCUACAACGCACUCAAGACGCUGCGGUGGCCCGGGGUGCACGACGCCAUCUGGCGCGACGACAAGGUCAAGAAUGUGCACUACAUCCUGACCCCCAACCCGUGGGAUCAACUGGACGCGGAGGGUAAUACAAAGAGCGAGGAGGAGACGAUGGGAUGGUGGGCCGAGGCGAACAAGGAGAGGCGGGAGGGUGAGAAGGCAAAGGGUAUUGACGAUGGUUUUUAGGUUUAGUCUAGACCUAGUUCUAGUUGGACUGGAAGAAAUGUGUUCGGAUGGGGAUUAACAAAGGCAAAUCAAAGAUAAAAGAAGGGAAAAGAAAAGCGAGGAAGGGCUCAAUGCUCGGUUUCGCUCAUCUUCUAUGCAUCUCCAAC